AUGGACCGGCCACCAUGGACCGUUGAACAAAUCCUCGCCACUGGCAUCAUGGACCCCGAGUUCGAAGCCGCUUGGAAAGCCAACGGGUCGCCGCCAGGCCACAUUCCCGGCGGUAUUCCCACAUUUCAGAAGACCGUUGAGGAAACUCUACCCAAUGCUCAGCAAAUGCUCGCAGCUAGCCGACCGACGAACAUUGUCGAGAAGGAAUACAAUAUUCCAAUCGACAAGACGUUUUCAUCUCGCACAAUCGUCUGCCAGUCCGCCAUCUCCAGUACCCUCCCAUCCCCUAUUGUGAUUCUCGUUCAUGGCGGCGGCCACUGCGUUGGCUACCCGGAGCUGGAGCUUGCCACCGCCCGGGAACUCGUAUUAGCACACAACGCCACCUGCAUCUUGCCUUCCUAUCGCCUUGCACCAGAAUACCCGUUCCCUACCGACGUCAACGAUGUAUUCUCAGUAGUGCAGUAUAUUGCCCGCAAGGCAACUGAGAAAGACGGAGGGAUUCUACCUGCCAAUGCCGACCCGAAGAAGGGUUUCAUCAUUGGAGGGCUCUCAGCCGGGGCAGCCAUCAGCAACAAGGUGGCACAACUUGCCCGGGAUCUACAGCCUCCGCUUACCGGGCAGUUCCUAGCAUGUGGAGUCUACAUUGACCCUGGUAAUGUUCCCGAUCGUUACAAGGAGCUCUAUCUCUCCAUGGAACAGAACAAGUUUGCUCCAAUCCUCGACACGGCGGCUCUAAACCAAUACAUGAGUGCGUAUAAAGGAGACAAUCCAUCGUCGAUCAGUAAUACAUUCUCCGUUGGCCAACAAUCUCACCCCGACGCUAUUGCAACUGGACAUGGAUUUCUGCCCCCUGUCUAUUUCCAGGUCGCUGGGAUGGACCCUGCACGGGACGACAGUCUCAUUUACGAGCGUAUCCUGCGAGAAGAGUGCGGAGUGCCGACGAGUAUAGACGUGUAUCCCGGCGUUCCUCACGGAUUUUAUUCAAUGUAUCCGGAUUUGGCAGCUAGUCGAAAACGAAUGCGAGACGCUGUAGAUGGCGUCGGGUGGUUACUAGGGGAUAAGAAGCUACAUGGCUAG